AUGGCCGAGCAGAUGCGUGAAGUGGCCAAAUACUGUAUUAUCGAUGCUCUUAGUUGUCAGCGAUUAAUGGUCAAGCGCAAUGUAAUUAAUGAAUAUAGAGAGGUAGUGUCUAUAUCUUUCUUAUCAUUAUAUGAUGCACAUUAUUUCGCAGGAGGAAUGAAAGUAUGUAAUCUUUUGGGUGCUAGUGCAUGGCAAAGAGGGCUUUUAACUAGCACUAUAUCAUGCGAACAAACAGAAUCCGGGAGCUUCCCGGGAGCAUAUGUCUUCCCACCAAUAAAGGGGCUCGAAAAUAAACGUUCUGUAACUGGCUUAGACUUUGCAUCUUUGUAUCCAAGCCUUAUCAUGACAUACAACCUCUCGCUCGAUAAAAUCAUUUUAUCUCGAGAGCGUGCUGAACAAAGUGGUAAAAAACUCCACGAAAUUAGUUUUAAAUUCAAUAAUCAGGAUUGUCUCGCAUGGUCUAUCCAACAUAAUAACAUCCCCGAAGAAAAAGGUCUCUAUGCCAAUGUGUUAGAAUAUUUAUCUAGUAAACGGAAUGAGAUGAAAAAACGUCUCGCUCCUUUGAAAGAGAAAAAGGAAAACAUGGAUCUG